AUGGGUUUCUUCAGCAGACGUCCUCGCGACGCGCCCGCCGACGGCCACCACGGCCACGGUGUGCGCUCCGACAGGGGAGAGCCGUUAACCAUGUCCCGUCGCCCCAGCUUCGGACAAUGGCUGAAGGGAACGCUGCUCGACAUUAUCACCAUGAUCUGCAUGGGUGCCAUCGGCCUCGGUAUCUACAUGGCCCCUCCCGCCCCGAACCGCUCCUUCGCCGUCACCUUCUCCGACGGUGAGGUUGUCUACCCUCAAUUCGCCUACCCUAUGCGCAACGAAGUCAUUCCCAUCUGGCUCGCUGCCUUCCUCGCCUCCGUUAUCCCCAUCGUCAUCAUCCUCCUCAUGCAGAUCCGCAUCCGCUCCUUCUGGGAUGUCAACAACGCCGUCAUCGGCCUGCUCUACUCCCUCAUCUGCGCCGCCGUGUUCCAGGUCUUCAUCAAGUUCCUCAUCGGCGGCCUUCGUCCCCACUUCCUCGAGGCCUGCCAGCCCGAUCUGUCCCGCGUCACCUCCACCCAGGGUGGCAUUGCGCGUGCCGGCUACAGCCCCGCUGGCUACGCUAAUUUGUACGUUACGAAGGAGGUUUGUACUGGCGACAUGAAGGAGAUCAACGAUUCGCUUGAGAGUUUCCCCUCCGGUCACACCACCGCCGGCUUCGCUGGCUUCGUCUACCUCUACCUGUACCUCAACGCCAAGCUCAAGGUCUUCUCCGACUACCACCCCGCCAUGUGGAAGCUCAUCGUCACCUACAUCCCCAUCCUCGGUGCCGUCCUCAUCGGUGGUGCGCUCACCAUUGACGAGUUCCACAACUGGUACGACAUCUUUGCUGGUGCAGCCAUUGGUAUUGUCUUCGCCUUCUCCUCCUACCGCAUGACCUAUGCUGCCGUCUGGGACUUCCGCUUCAACCACAUCCCCCUCAACCGCGGCCAGGCCUUCCACUACGGUUUUGACGCUGAGCUGUACGACGCGGUUUUCACACGCAAGGCUGGCUGGGGCAAGCGCGGCGGUGGCGGUAUUUUGCACCGCGAUAAGGACGCCCACCACCAUGGCGCUGCUACUGGCACCCACGGUUAUGACAACGGAGUUGGCGCUCGCAAGCCUGUCGGUUCGGGGUCUAGAGCACCUGACACCAUGGUCUAA